AAUGUUGCAGGUUAGUAAGAAGUGACACGAUGCCGGGAAAUACUAGUAGUUCAGCACACAAAAAGCGCAUUCGGAUCCAAGACGUGUCAGAUAGUGAGGAUAGUGUAUGCAGAAACAGCUCCGACUCGGAUGACGAGGUCGUUCACAGUGCCAAGAAGAAAAGCAGAAGACUGCAGCUAUCUGACGACGACGAAGAAGAAAAGGAAAAUAGACAGUCUGAUGAAGAUGGAGGAGAACCAGAAGAGGAUGAUUCACACAGAAAAAGCUCUCGGAUCAACUUAAUGGAAGGAAGAAAGCGCAGACAAUCUUUGGUGUUUGAAAAACUAAAGACACCAAAGCGAGAAAGAUUAGAAGCUGUUGGUAAAGAUGACAGUGACCAUGAUGAACCUGAUGAAAGUGACUAUAACAGAAUAAAAACCAGUGAAGAUGACACCGAUGAAGACAGUCAGUCAGGUUUUAUAGUGUCUGAUACAGAAGAAAUUGAAAUAGAAGAGGAAGGGGAGGAAGAAAAGGAAGAGAUUUCUCCAACAAAAAAAGUUUCUUUGAAGCACAGCAAAAAGCCAGUGAUAGAUGAUGAUGAGGAUGAAGAAAAAGAUGAGAAUGGUGGAGCAGAAGUCAGUGAUUCAGAUAGCAUAAAGAUGCUUUCGUCUAGUUCUGACUCAGAAUCUGAUGCAUCAGAUGAAGAAGACAACGUCACAGACAUCCACAAGACCGCUGAGAUGCCUUGGAAGACCACGCUGACCACCUAUGAAGCAUUCAUGUUGGUUUUGGAGAUGUUACUUAAUGCUGUAUUUGAUCCUGAAUUUUUACAUCCUUGGAAUCUGGAAAAUCAUAAUUCUGUCAUUCGCCCUGCGUUCCAGAAGAUUUCUGAUGAAGUUCAUGCCAGGAAAGUCAUAGUGGACAGCCAGGCCUGGGGCAGGGCAUACAGGGAAGCUCUGGAGAGCCAUCCUCGUAUGAAAGAAAGCGAUUUAAGUUAUUCAACAACUGAUUGUGAGGCUUGCAACCGUAGAGAUCAUCCUGCCACAAGGGACAUCUUGUUUACAGGGAACAUGUAUGACGAGGUCACAUUACAACCUUUGGGGGAGGAAGAGGAACAGGAAAGUGACAGUGGAGAAGAAAGGGAAGAAAAGGAGAUAAUCCAGCCAAUGGGUCCAUCUUUGAGGUUGGAAGGCAUUGUGCCACAAGGUCUUCUCUGUACCAUUGUUUAUAUCACUACAAAUAUGACUUGA